UUCGGAGGCAGAGCGCAAAAGUUAGUUCGAAGGGUGCCGGUAUGAAAAUCGUGUGGCGUUACGGAACAAAAACAUGGUAGAGACGUGCUUGAUUUUAUCGUGUGCAUUUCAAUUCAUUCACAGCUAAGAGUGUCAAUCAUUCUAAUUAUGUGAAAGUAAAUUAGUCAGAUAUACAAUAUUUUUGACUUUAAGGUUUAGUAAAACAGGCUCUUCCUCGGCAAGAAGCCUCUUUGUUGCAAUGGUAACAGUAAUGAAGUUGAUGCUCAUCGCAGUUAUUUACGCUUUUUCAGGUGUUUUUACUCCUGUAAUAGCAUCACGUGUACUUGAAUUAAGCGACAGAUUUUUGGAUAUUCAUAAAGAUGGGCAGUGGCUUGUUAUGAUGUAUGCACCAUGGUGUGCACAUUGCAAAAGAUUAGAACCAAUUUGGGCUCAUGUAGCACAACAUUUACAUGCGACAUCAAUAAGAGUUGGAAGAGUUGAUUGUACUAGAUUUACAAGUGUUGCUCAUGCUUUUAAAGUUAAAGGAUUUCCAACUAUUGUAUUUUUAAAAGGUGAGCAAGAAUUUACAUACCAUGGGGAUAGAACAAGAGAUGAAAUAGUAAAAUUUGCAUUAAGAGUAAGUGGUCCGCCUGUUCAAGAAAUAACAAAAACUCAAAGUUUUGACACGAUUAAAAAGGAACGUGAUCUGUACUUUUUAUAUGUUGGAGAACGAUCUGGACCAUUAUGGGAAUUUUAUCAUAAGACUGCAGAUGUGUUCCAACCACAUGCAUUUUUCUAUCAAUCUCAUCCAACUGUUGUUAGUAAACAUGCUCCUGUGGAAAAUAUUCCAGCAUUGUUUGUCUAUAAGGAAAAUUUACAUUAUAAUUUUAGUGGACAUGACAUAGAUAAUAUAGAAAAACUAAAUGAGACAAUGUAUAAAUGGAUAAAUGCAGAACGUUUUCCUACAUUCCCAAAAGUAACAAGAGGAAAUAUAAAUCAACUUUUUUUAACAAAUAAAAAUUUAGUAUUGGCAGUAGUAGAAGAAAAUCAACUAGAAGAAAUACCACCACACAUGAUGAGAUUCAAAGAUAUGGUUGAAUCUAUAAUUAAAAGUAAACGAGAAAAAUAUCACGAUCAUUUUCAGUUUGGUUGGAUAGCUAGUCCAGAUCUAGUCAAUAGUAUAGCAAUGAUGGUUUUACCAUUACCAAGUUUAAUUGUUAUUAAUACUACAACAAAUCACCAUCAUAUUCCAGAAGAUGAAACAGAAAAACUGACUCCUCAUGUGAUAGAGUUGUUCCUAGAGCAAAUUCGAAAUGAAAGUGCUCCGCGAUAUGGUGGAAACAGUUGGUUGAUACGUAUAUAUAGAUCGUGGUUUGAAUUAAAAACAACUCUUUCCGCAAUGUGGAUGGGUAAUCCCAUUUUAACAAUGGUCUUGUUUGGUUUACCAGCAGGAUUUUUGUCAUUAAUAUGUUAUGGUAUUUGUUGUCCAGAUAUUUUAGAUGCAGAUGAUGAUGAAGAAGACCAUCCAGGAGCAAAUCAUAUGAAAAAAGAUUAAAAUUGGAUUAUUAUAUUGUUUAUAUUAAACAGUUUUAUAAAAUUUUUAAUCUGUAAUUUCUAAUUUCAUUUAGUCAGUAAAAUGAGAGAUUUUAUGAAUUAUAAAUAGGAUGAUAAAGAUAAAUUACCUUAGCUAAAUGGAACUUUCAUAAGACAAUACAAAUCAUGUAAGUAAACGAGCUUUUUUAAACCACAUAAAAAAAUUUGUCUCAUAUUACAUAAUAUAAUUGAAGUAUGAAAAUGUAUUAAGUUUCAUGUGAAGAAUGUACGUGGUAAAUAAUGUUCUGUAUACUUAUAUUUGAAAUUACAAAUAUAUGUUUAUUUGUAUAAAUAUAGUGAAGAGUACCUCAUA